AUGAACGUCAUAGAUUUAAGUGAUCCAGCAAUUAGUGUAGAUUAUGAUAGUUUGAUUGGUAUUAAUGAUGAAGAUUCUCAAGGUAUUUUCGAGAAUGAGGUGAAGGAAGAUGCACAGCAAGAACAGCGAGAAGAAUUAUUUCCCACUAACGAUGGGCUCAUUGUUGAACCCAAACGUGAUGUUGAGAGCCUGAGAAGGGCUAUUAGAGAUCAAUUGUUGUUCAAUGUGCACAGGCAGAGACAGUCGGAUUGUGUAGAAGAGAGGAGAGUGAUCAGCGAUGAAGAUAAUGAAAGUCGACAACAAAAAUUAGAAAGAAUAAGGCAAGAGUUAGAGGAGCUGAGAAUGGAAGAUUCAGCUCUUGAAACGCAAAAUGAGAUUAAGGAGUUAUGCAACCUUCAAUCAAGGUUAGCAAUAGAGUCGUCAAGAAGACUCGCCAUUUUGCAAAGGGAGCUCAUCGGGGAAGACAAAGGUCAAACUGCAGUGACAUUACCCAAUAUAUCGCUUGAUUUGACAACCAUCAAGAAACUAAAAAAUCUAGAUCAGAAAAUAUCGGAAAUGGAACGAUACGUUGGUGCACCAAAAGUUCCAGAGGACCGAGAAGAUAGUAAAUCGGUGUAUAGUAAGGUGAAUGAACUAUAUAGAAGCAUACAACUUCUACAAGACGAUGAAAAACUGCCAAAGUUUCAAGCAAGACUGAUGGAACUCAAUAAACAAUUCGAAAACUCGUUGUUGGGCAAAAAAAUGCAACGAGAUCUGAGAUUGAGAGAUGAAACCAUGAGCAAAGUUAUUAAGCCCGAAAGCAAAAUAAGAGAAAUAAAUAGCAUGUAUGCUAUGUUCCGGCAGUAUCGAGAUUCGCUGCCGUUGUUGGCCGAUAGAAUGAAGAGUCUGAACAAAAUGAACAAUCGAGUAUUGGAAGUGUACGAAACGACAAAAGGACUGGAUUCACAGAUUGCAAGCGUCCGAGAACAAGAACAGUUAUGGUUCAAGACCUUAAACCAACUGGAUAAAAAAUUCGAUGAGCAAGAGGUGAAAAUUCGCCUAAACAUGGAUCAAAUUAGGCGCAAAAUCGAUUCUCUCGAGGACAACGUUCUACAGAGGAGCAAUAAACACAAAGUACAAGAGUGA